AUGUGCUCCCGCGGCUCCUGCCACAGCCACGAGACCUCCUGCCACGAGUCCCGCUCCUCCUGCCACGACUCGGGGUCCUCCUCCUGCCACUACACGGUGCAGAGGCAGCCCGUGCAGAAGUUCGGCUACGUGACGCCCUGCUGCCCACCCGUGCAGCCCUGCUGCGCCCCAGUGCAGCGUUACUGCCCUCCAGUGCAGCGUUACUGCCCCCCGGUGCAGCCCUGCUGCCCACCCAUGCAGCGUUACUGCCCCCCGGUCUGUCCCCAGGUCACCAAGAACAUCUGCAAGCUGCCCACGUACCCCAAGUACUGA